AUGCUGCUGCUUCAUCAGACCGGCAGCCUGAAAAUCGGGGAGACGGUUCGAUAUACAGUCACCUAUACACCAUCGCAAGAUCGCAUCUUGCCCUCUCCCGAGUGCCUAUAUCUGCGCAUUAGAAAUAGCUCCGCCAUCGCACUCCGCGCUGCGUUCGUACAUGGCCCAUACAACCUCUCCGCUGCCGCCUAUCCUGCGACCUUUAACCCCAACGAGAAGUUUGAGGAUGCGCGCCUCUACGGCGUGCCGGAGUUUGAGCCCAUGCUCAAGGCCGGUGGCACUUGGACUUGCCACCUGGUCGUCCCGGACACAAUCAGACAGACUGCGGGCACCGGAGGCUCAGGCCACUUUGGAAACGGGCCUGAACACGAUGGCGAAAGCGUCUCAUGGAUCAUCGAGGUGGCAUCACAGGUGAUAUUUUCGGCCUCUGCUGCCGUCCACUAUGACGUACUGCUGGCGCGGGAUGAGAAGUCUUUGACACUGUCCUCGGGUAUACCGGUUGUUGGAAAUCACGCCCAGGUGCCUCAACCGGGGCGGGUCAGCGACUUUCAACAGAGCAAGGGCGCCAAGGACGGUCGCCACAAUGCCCAGAGCAAAGGUGUAUUCUCCAGGGCAAUCCAUUUGAGAGUCGAGGACACGGCCAGCCUUUGGAACACCCCCCAACUGCCGGGCAUGGAGCAAUCACCGCCGCAGGCCGAUGCUGCCAAGGGCACAGACACUGAGGCUACACAAACGGCUCAGGCCCCCAGUGACACCCAAGACAAGGAUCGGAAACCGAGAAAGCAGAAGCAUGUGCACUUGGUCAUGCUCACCCAUGGCCUCCAUAGCAACCUGGGUUCCGAUAUGCUGUUUCUCAAGGAGAGCAUCGAUGCCGGGGUGAAGCAAGCGAAGAUCGAUGCCAAGGAGAGACGAGCCAAGGAAAAGCAGAACCAAGGUCAGCGACCCAAAGACUCGGGUAACGAAGAACAUUCCGACUCAGGUGUGAUGCUGGAUGAUCCUUAUGAUGAAGUCUGGGAGGACGAAGAGACCAUUGUACGUGGAUUCUCUGGCAAUGCCACUCGUACAGAGAGGGGCAUCAAAUACCUCGGGAAAAGGCUGGCUAGAUACGUCUUAUCCAUCACUUAUCCCGAUCAACCGUUUCUGCCGGCUGGUAAGGCAGCUCAAGAGGUCCUUUCGCAUGGCUUGAAAGGAGACCCAAAUGCCCAAAAGGACGCUGGAGGGAAGCCGUCCCACAAGCAUAGUACCAUCCACAAGAACGCGACGGGUUUCGAGGACAGAGGGUACAAGAUCACCAAGAUCAGCUUCAUAGGGCACUCUCUUGGCGGCUUGAUUCAGACCUAUGCUGUAGCCUACAUCCAGAAACACUCGCCCCAGUUCUUCGACCUCAUAAAACCCAUCAACUUUAUCGCGCUGGCAACACCUUUCUUGGGUCUCAACCAUGAGAAUCCAAUGUACGUCAAGUUCGCCUUGGAUUUUGGACUCGUUGGCAGGACGGGACAGGAUCUCGGAUUGACUUGGAGAGCACCGACAAUUGCAAGGAAUGGUUGGGGCGCAAUUGUCAGCAAUCUGGGUGAGAAUGCUCAUAAGAAGGUCAUGGGAGAGGCACAAUCUGAGUCGAAGCCGUUGCUCCGUAUACUGCCCACGGGCCCAGCACACAUAGCCUUGAAGAAGUUUCGGAACAGGACAGUGUACUCCAACGUUGUCAACGAUGGUAUCGUGCCGCUUCGAACCAGCUGUUUACUAUUUCUGGACUGGCAGGGGCUGGACCGUGUGGAGAAGGCCCGUCGGGAAGCUGGUCUGGUCGAGACUGUCGUUGGAUUCGGAUGGGCUGAACUCACCGGCGCAAACGUCACGUCCCCCAGAAGUGGUCCAUGGACCCCCAGAGAAGGCAGCGAGAAUAACAGUCCUGCCUCAGGAGCCGCCACUCCCGUCGACUCCGGUGAUUCUCACGAGGUGCCUCAGCCUCCAACUGAUGCCAUGAUGGAAGACGACAGACAGAGUCUCAGGGCCGUUGCCACACCAUACCAGGACGAAGGAUACUCAUCAUCCACAGCUGUUACUAAUAACACAAAUCCUUUUUCCGGAUUCUUCUCAUUAUUCAAGCACAACAACGAUUCUCCAAAACAACCUUCGUCGCCCACUACGAAGCAGAAAAAAAUCUACCAGCGCAGUCAGACUCUGCGCUUCGACGAGAACGCAUCAGAGUCCUCACAGUCCUCCCAAAAGUCUAAGGUCACAUCUGGCCAUGAGCUGGGCACGGAUGCCGAGACCAACCUAUCAGCACCUCCGAAGACGACUUUCUUUGAGUCUGCAGGAGACCUGCUCAACCCAAAGCUACCUUCGGUGGAUUACCUCAUCGAUCCUUCAAAAAGACCGAGAACGAUCUUCCACGAUCGAAUCUACCAUCCUUCAGAUAUCCCUCCACCGCCCCUGAAGAAGCGCCCCACUGGAACGCUGGCUCUGCGCAGGAAGUCGUUUAACACAGUGGGAUCCUCCUCCAGCCGCAACUCGCAAUCUGGAACUUCUUCGCAUCAUCAACCUCCGCCGCAUCAGGAUUCCUUGUCGUCGACCAAGGAUUAUGACGACACCGAAAAUACGAACCCAGACAAGGAUCCUUCCGAGGUCAUUGACAGCUCAAACAUGAAAGUAGAGGAGAAGAUAGCCCGAGCCUACCACCGCGAUCUUUCUUGGCGGAAAGUCUUGGUCAAGCUGGAGCCAGAUGCCCACAACAACAUCAUCUGUCGGCGAAUGUUUGCCAAUGCAUUUGGCUGGCCUGUCGUCAAGCACCUCGUUGACGCCCAUUUCAGCGACUCAAGCGCAGCUCGUCUGCGUGAUGAGGACGAGAAGAAUACUGAGCGGGCCAAAGCGACUGGCCAGCCUCCAGAUCAAGAUGGCGGCGAGACCAGAUCAGAACCCGGCCCGACAGAAGAAGCCAUGCGGCCAAAUGUUGGCAAAGACAAAGAAAGCUCACAGAAGACAUCGGAGCCCAGCGGGCACAAUCGCACGGUGAGCGAGGCCCUUGAGGCUCGGGAUAGAGUCCUGGACCUCCCGGGUAAAACGUCUCGAGAGAAUUCCGUGGAGCAUUCCUCGUCAGCGACACGUCCUGUGCGGGAGAGACAAGAUUCUGUGGAUUGGAGCGACCGGGAUUGGGCAGACUCCGAAAGCGAGAUGGACGAGUCGCAGGCCAGUGCGGCCCAGAAGAAAGAUACCAAAGCUGCUCCUGAGCGCACCUCAAGCCCCGUCAGUGGAUUCUGGACAGAGAAGAUAGUCGGGAAAGGCGCGACAAAGAGAAGGAGCAACUCACCGACAAACCAGCUCCCAGAAAGCCAAACAGCAACCGAAUCUUCGAAGCCUGUGUCGAGCGUCCCAGGCGCUCCAGCCACGAAGCCCGAUGAUGUGGAUUGA